AUGACGAAAUGCCGUGUGGAAUUCCUUGAGGCAGUUGUAAAUCGUACGGACUUCAUAGCGAAGAUCAAUUUAUUAAUGCCAGUGCUCUGGAAAGAAAACUAUACGAUGGAAGAACUGCCCCUACGGCUAGCCGACAGGUUGAAGUGGCGUGGGUACACUUGCAACUUUCCUGUACAAAUACGACAAGAGAGAGCUUCCUAUGUGCCAUCUGAAGCAGUCGCAAAAGCAGUGGACUUCGAAUUUACGGUGACAUUUUCUACGUCAAUAAUUCCUACAACACCGCAAGGUGUUUUGUUAAAUUGGACGGCUUGCCAAACGAUCAUUUCUCGAGCGCCCAAUAUUAUGACGAACUGCAAAGUCGAAAAAAUAGUUUCCAGCUAUGGAAUAGCUGAUGUUAGAGUACAAGCAAAAAACGCAACCGUUUGGGAAGUGCAGAAGAAACUUAUGAUACAACUGAAUGCGAAAAACCGAGAGGUGUGCCUUUUCAACGUGGCAGAGAAGGUGUAUUUUAAGGAUUAUUAA